AUGGAUGCGACCGAUAGGCAGAUUCUUCGAAUUUGCAAUGAGUUGGAAUGGAUUCACCGAUCCUCUGAAGAAAUGGCGAGCACUGAGUGUCGAAUACCUGAAAACAUAGCAUUUGAACAGUCUUCUACCAGCACCGAAUUGAGUGACAGACAGACUUACUUGGAUGGAAUGUUGUUUUCGAUUGCAAACAAGCAGGAGGCGCUUGCAAAGGUCGAAGGUGAGAUUGCAGUUUAUCGCACAAAGACGACUUCUAUUACUGAAUGCUUGAGUCCAAACAGCGAUGAUAUUCUCGCCUUCUUAAGGGAUCCUGAAUUAUCAAAGGUUAAAAUAUUGGCAUACCUUGAACGGUUUGACGACCGUAUGAAGAGAUUUUUGAAGGAAUUCCGUGAUUCUCGCGAGGAGCUCGUUUAUGAGUUGAGGAGAUUGCAACAUCAGCAGUUGCAGUCGGGUGUUCAUUCUCGGCAAGAAACUGUGAACAAUCGCGAAAAACUUGAAAAGGCGCGGUACGAAACUCUCAAAAAUAACCACAUUGCCGAAGAAAUGAGGAAACUACUAGUAUCUAACCAUCACUACAGAAAACCAUCAUUACAGAAGAAAUACCUCAAAGGCACGAAGAGAUGUGACAUUGAUCGAGUAUUGAUUGUGCGUAGAAUAAUGGAAAUGACAGCAAGCAUCCAAAGGCAAAGUGAAGAGAUCAACAAGGUAUUUAUGGAUAUCUUCGCAGUGCAGCGAGAGUUGAAAUGGCUUACUCAGACACUCCAUCGUACAUUCAGUACGAUUGAGGAGGCCUUGUUCAAGGAGGUUGAAGACCAGAAGGGAGAACGGGCGUACAAAUUGUUUGGGAAGCUGCAUUUAAGCUGCAUGGCAUCAGUGGAAGCUAUUGAAAGAAAUGGAGCCCUUGCACGCCAAAAUGAGGAGUUGACGAACCUUAUUGAGAUCGAAAAGCAAAAUCGAUUUGAUGAUCAGCUGAAGCGCAUUCAGGCUGACUUAGAAGUAGUUGUAGAAGAGAAUAGGAAACUCGAAAACCUGUUAACUGAAUUUUCUACCUGA